UGUGACGGCACUGCACCAGUCUUGUUAGGCUCACCUCUGGUCCAAAGUUGCGCCCAGGCCGACAUGGAGCAGGAAGAUGAGUGGCAGGCUGCGCAGCAGCCUCCCAAGAUGCCUUUGUUACUGAGCCUGACUUUCCACGGGAUCUGUGGAUUGGAAUUCAGUUCGUGCCAAAGCUUUAUUCACUGAAGCACCUUUCCCAGCUCAGUUCUUAAUCUUGUACCCAUUCUGGAGUGAAGAGCUGAGAACUGACCCUUUCCGUCCCUGUUGUCACUGGAGAUUCGGAUAAUGAGAGGCCGACACCAAUGCUGCAUCUAUCAGUGCCUUCUGGGAACGGUGGAGUCCAUCAGCCACCCACUCCACCCGCCACUCAACAUGUAUCCAAUAUGUCAAGGCCGUAUAUGUUAUCCGCUGAGGAAUCCGGGCAGAGUGAGGGUGAAGGGGGGUCACAGGUCAUUCUGUCCCUACCUGAGCGUGGUGUGAGGUACUCCUCCCCACUGCCUCCUACACCUUCCCAGAUGUAUCAUCAGCCACCGUCUAUCCACCAACCUGCCAGAAUGAUUGACACGGGAUCCCACAUGAUGUCCUUAGGUAGUCCAGGUACUCUGAUGGGCGUGAACAUAGCCUUCAGUGAGAAUCUGAUGCCUCACAGUGGCCUGCCAGGCUCAGCUUCCCGCAGCAUCCCAGUCAUGGCCCACAGCAGCGCCUCACCGAUGUCUUAUCCUGUCCCCUCAACAGUACCUGCUCCCACGGGCUCUUUAAAUAAUGGAAUAUUGUUGGUCCAAGGCAUGGCUCCCAGUGGGGCCUGUGCCAUGCCUCCCUCGAUGGAUCGGAUGCUGCACUUAAAUCCCUACAAUCUUGGGAUGCCCCCAGGUAGGCUUCAGCCAUUGCUGACUUUAGAUUCCCAGGACUCGCUUGUGACACAGUCAAAUUCCCAGGAAGGACCUUUCGUGUCUGAGCAGUCCACACCUAGUCCGCAGGGUUCAGAGAGCCCCAGUGCUUCAGGAGAGGCAUCUGGGAGGCCGCCUCUAGCUUCAAGGCCUUUUGUCUGCCCCUAUGAAAACUGCGGGAAAGCGUACACCAAACGCUCUCACCUCAUGAGUCAUCAGCGUAAACACACGGGUGAGAAGCCCUAUGUGUGUGACUGGGAAGGCUGCACGUGGUCUUUCUUCCGCUCUGAUGAGCUUCGGCGACACAGACGGAUCCACACCAGAGACCGACCACACAAAUGCGCCGAGUGUGGCCGGCAGUUCAUGAGAUCCGACCAUCUCAAGCAACACCAAAAAACUCAUCAGCGCAUGCCAGACUUCCCGACACCUCAGGCCAACAGCAAACAGACGGACGGACAGAUCAGUGGUCCUCUUGCUCCUGGUCAGGGGCUUUAGCUCCUUUUCCUGGAUUCUUUAAACCAAGACCCUGCUGCCUGAGACUGGGUCAUCUCUGGGGUAGGUGAAAGUUCAGAGGGAGACAGGAAGUGGUGGGGAGGCUCACAUGACGCUCUUGACACCAUCAUGGAUUCCUCAAAAUCUGGUGCCUCUCAGGAAUUAGUGACUUCUGCCAUUUAGCCAGAUGAGAAGAUGGAGCCAUGGACUGGACUUAAUUAGAAAACUUCUCCUGUCAGUCAACAGCGGGGAACACUCUCAUGCCUGCCUGUUCCGUGAAACCAUGUUCUCUCCCUGGAUCUUCCACAGUGUCCAGGGCCAGACCAUGGGAAAGACAUCUUAGUGUUAGAAGGUACUGAAACCAUUCCAUGCACUGCAUCAGGCUCCCUCUGGCUUCACCAUCCAUAUGCCCAGAGUUUCUCCUCCCAGGUCUCGACUGGAAUAUUCCACUACAGGACAUGAUAUCUGGCAUUCCAUGGGGCCAGGGCCACCAAAAUCAAGCCAAAAUCAGUCUCAAGGACACUGAUAGUCAUGGGGGAAACUCCAGGAAAGAGGAGAUUUGAGAGAGACAGGUAGUGAUUCUCUCUACCCCACGAACUGUUGCAAGUAUUGCUUGUCCCCAACAGCAGUCUGGGGAGACCUCCCAAGCAGCCUGCAGACACACCCUUCAAGGUUGGCCAGGAAGCAGUGUCCACCCUGGAAAUGUGCUGCAAAGGACACUAUCCAUCCCCUCCGUUCCACUUGCUUUCCCUCCUAUACCUUGGUGUUGAAUGUCCCCAAUAAACGCAGUGUUUGUGCUGUUUAUAAAUUGGAGUGGGGAAUGGGAGGGCUCAGGACAGAUCCCACCAUAACGUCCUCUCUACCUGGCCCAGGUAUCAGGUUGCAGGUUUUCAUUUAUGUGUUUUUUAAAACGUGUAUUUAUUGUGUGCUCUCGUGGAGGUCAGAGACAACUUUGGGGAACCAGUGAUCUUCUAGCGUGUAUGGCCCUGGGAUUGAAUUCAGUUUUCAGUCUUGGCAGCAAGCACCUUUCUUGUUGGCCUUUGUUUGGUUUUGCUUUUGAGAAAGGGUUUCACUGUGGUGCCCAGGCUGAGUUGCAGGUGUGAGCACCCACCCAGUUUCAGGCUGCCUCUGCUCCCCUCCCCUCUGGUUCUGAGGGAUAAUAAGUGUUCUGGUAGCUCACCCUGGCUCUUUUCUGAAUUCAGUCGGCCAUUUUACUGAGUAUUAAGCUAACAGAAAGGAGCUAGGCCUUAAGUUAUCCUCCUUGUAGGAGCUCAAUAACGGCUCCUAUAAUAACCCAGAACCCCAGAUAUCUUUGCCCCCAAAGUGGGUUUCUUCCCUAAGAGCUGGCACCUUCCAAGAACUGGCACCUUCCAAGAGCUGGUACCUUCCAUGUGUUUUUGAUAGACCCAGACCAGUCCUAUGCCAGGUGACUCCAUCUUACACUUAAGGGACCAUGUUGGGCUCACUAAUUCUCAAGCCUCUACAACACAACACAUGGGUGUGGGCACAGCUGAAGGAUGUACCAGGAAGAACAGGCCUCAGUGAGCCAGACCUUAACCACAGAGACUUAGCCAUGCCUCAUUCCCAGACACCCUUGGUUGAGCGUCCUGAGCACUGAAGAGUUAGGCACAGUCACCCUGACUGUUAAGGAGCACCAAAGGCCAGAACUGGCCUCUGCCUGUGGAUGUCGGAAGCUGCUGUUAGAAGUGGAUGUGUUAGCCUGGAGUGGUGGUACGUGCCUGGAAACCCAGCACUCAGGAGAUGGAAGCAGAUUAAGAGCAUGAAAUGAUUGAAGGUGACAGGUGAGAAACAGAUUAAUUCCCUAUUGUGAUGUCUACCAUAGAGGAAAGUUGUCCUUUAACUUUGACAGUUUUGCCUGUGUGUGUACCACAGUGCAUGAACGGAGGUAGGUGACAGCUCACUGGAGUUUCCCUCCUAUCCUGGAGGUGCCAGGGGUCGAACUCAGGUCUUCAGGCUUGGCGGCAAGCACUGAGCCAUGUUGCAGGCGCAUAUAUGGAAUUGUGGGAGCAGGUCUUAUGUAGCCCCAAGCUGGAUCUGAACUAUGUCACCAAGAAUAAUUUAUUCUUUCUCCAAGUGCCAGGAUUACAGGUGUGUGCCAACGACACGGGUGUGGUGCUUGGGAGAGACCAGGCCUUCAGGAAUGCUAGCCAAGCACAUGAUACCAAACUGUACCUGCAGUGGAAAGCCUGUAUCUAUGAUGCAAUUUAAAGAAUACAUAUUUGCCCUUUUAGUCACUUGAGUCAAAGAAUUCGUUUAUGUACAGUCUUCUUU